AAUCCUACCGUAAGUCCCGAAUCAGCCUCUGUCUCUACCUUCGAAUUGAACGGGAAAACCGUGCAAAUGCACUACGCAAACACUGUCUGGUCGAUUGAUGAAAGUUGCCUGGUCUGUUGCUGUUCAACUGAGGAAUCCAGUCCGUGCCCAUUGUGGCCUUCUUGUGACACACUGAGACCUCACUGGGAAGACAAGAUGUCCACAUUGGGUAAACUUCAGCCUGUCUGUCUGCAAAUCAAACCGGAGUAUCUGGGCGAUUGGGGUUGCGAAGAGCUGAGUCCUUUCGAACUGGCAGAGGCGUGGCUCGGAUCUGUCUUGCGUGAUAAUGCAGAUAUCGUCCGGGUUCGUAUUCGAGUGGAUUCUGGCGAAGUAGUCUGGUUGGAAUAUCAAUCACUGAGUGAACUACUAUCAUCCAAUCCGAAGUUGAGGCCUGAAGUGAAUGCUGGUGUACUCUCAGCCCUGUUGGAUAAACUGUUCACUACCCCUGCGUCAGACAGCGCAAAAGCAUUUCUGACAAGAGAUAUCCUUGAACGAUUUGAUAACACCACCUCCGCCCUACUCAACUUGGCCAGAUUAUGUGAAUCAGCUGAGGAUAAAGACACUGGAGAAACUUGUGAAUCGAUAGAUUUGUCCUGUUUGACAGUUUAUCGGACUAAGUUGGAUUUGAAUUUGCCCGCUGGGUUGGAAAUCAACGCACCAGGCGAAUCGGGACGUGUGAUGCGCCUACCUGCACUACCCGUCAGUCGUCUGCAAUCUUCUAAUAAGGACAUGGUUUCAUCAACUCCUAAACAAGCUAAACGCGAACCACUCAUUCCGACCAAGCGACCCAAAACGACGAACCUUGGAUCACCUCCCGCUAAUUCGCCUCCACCAGCGCGGUCAAAAUCGACACCGAAAUCCCCAAAGCGAAAACUGCAACGAACACGUAACACACAAUCCAAGUGA